UUGCUAUCAUCAUAGUUCCACUAUGCAUUUUACUUUGCCAUGUUUCUCCUCCUUUGUGUUCUAUAACGGCAAUGCUUUUGUCCAUGCAGCUCGUCGUCGUCGUCGUCGUCGUCGUCGUCGUCGUCGUCGUCGUCGUCGUCAUCCCCGUUCUUCGUUGACGCGCAUGGACACGGAACAGCGGCGGCAGUAGCUGCAGCAGGAGCGCGAACGCAGCGGAAGCGUCUCGGCGUCACCAACAUAACAUGGCUUAUGUACCCUUUGAAUACGGUCAACAAACAAGCAGCAGUAGUGAUAUGAACGGCAGAUGAGUUUGUGAAUGUUAUCAGAAGAGAACGAUGACAGGGGGGGGGCCGAGGACGGAGAAAAAGAAGCUUCGAUGUUGUUCAUAUCCGCCAGUUUCGCUGGCAGCUUGCUCAGCGAACGACAGAAGCGGCUGUCUGCAAUCGCAGCGUCAGUGGGCCCACGACGCCACUACUAGCGCCGCUUGCGGAUGCUCCGUCGCAAUUUCCGCUGCGCAACAAGAACAGCAGCAGAACCUGCCUUGUACGAGCCCCCCAGCGCCAAAUUCCCCAGCUACGUUACUCCUCCGAACGCCAGUCCCCUCUGUUGCUAGCAUUUUCGCAGUUCUUCACUAGCUCCCUUCUUCUCACUUUCUUUCUGUUCUCUCCUCAGCUGUUUGUUCCAUGAAACAUGGCCACUUCCAACAACAGCUUCAUGUUGUGUUAUUGUCGUGGGCGUGGUUAUUGCCAACGCUGAUGUUGACGCUGUCCAGAAAUAGGCACAGCCCUCACUGUAGCCAAUCCUUGUCCUAUUGUAACAAUAAUAGCUACUGUCAUUCGGCCAGUGCACCGAGUGGCUCACAAUAGCAGUUAUAUGUAGCGCAAUGAACAGGAUAACGGGUACUGUCACCGCUAUUGUUAUUACCUUAUUACAACUAGUCCUGAACUCACUAUCAUUUAAUUUAUCCCUGACUUUCAUGAGGUACAAAGGCAGUUAUCAGCCUUUAACUACAGCGCACUUUUCGGCAGUGGCGGCAGCAGCUACAGAUCAGUGCCAGAACCCCGGCAUAGCCAUCCACAUAGGCUGUAAUCGUCGUUGAAAGCCUUCCGAGCUUUUUUCUCCUUGUGACCGCCAGAUCGCGCAAAAGGAGAGAAAAGGUGCCGGUUGGUAUUCGAAACUUUGCGUCGACUAGCGAAUAUCGCAAUGACGAAUAUAGCAGAGACAUUAACAAUGAUGGAGGUGGCAUUUACACGAGAAAAACGCGAGCAGAAAUGUUGACAAUGGCACUACAUAAUAGCUGUUGCUAUUGCUCCUACGGAUGAUAAUGGUCAUGAUGGUGGUGGAUACAACUAUGGUGCAAAACUUUCGAGCCAACCAACUGUUAGGGGUACUUGGGGGCGGUGAGGUGGCAAGGCGGAGUGAGCUAGCAAAAGAAAGCAGUAUCUUGCCAUUUUUCAAAGCAGCGUGGAAAAAAGCUUGCCCGAUUCGCCCACAGUAACGGAUUCCGUCCUGACAGCAGAUGCUACUAGUUGACUAAACUGGUAGUGUUACCGGGUGAAGGACGUUGUUCACGCGAACAAACUUCACGAUACCACCAAACCUGCUGCAGCUCGGGUUAUCAUAGGGUCAUCAUUUUUCUUAGCGUCGAUUCUUUGCAGUUUUGUCACAGUGGUGCGUUAGCGUUUUGCUGCCUAUCGCUCAGUGCUAGACUAUUCCGACCAGACUAUGGUCACGUUUCGCUGUUGAUCGAACGCACGCGUACAAAUAGAAGUCGUAAAAACAUUAAACGAUAGGGAAAGCGAUCGCAAACGUACUAGUGUGAUAAAAAGAAAAAGUACAAAACCCAAUGAUUACAGAACUGUGUUUAUAAACUUUAUGUUCAAACUACCAAUAGGUAUCAACUAGAACGAAGCAUUUAUUUAAUACACUAUAAAUGUGAUUAAAUUUAUUGGGUUAGAUAACGAGCUAGAUAACUACUUGUGUAGCUCGUCCUUAGACCUCUCUCACAGUGUCGUUAGUUUGCUCACCACAGUGAUCACUAUAAAAAGCCAUAUUGAUCAUAGUUAUUAUAACGUAUCAAGUGUACAUUUAAUUAAAAUAGUCCUCUGCGGAAAAGUCACGCAAUCCUUAAACGUAGUCAUGAUACAACGAGCAAGUUAGAAUAAACGGCGUCGCCUAAUGAGGGAAAUCAGUAUCGUGCCGUCGUUUUAAUAAAAUACUAUACUUAUUAGGCUAACUUUUCAGCCUUAGGCAAAACUUCGAAAUUGUGUUCCCUAAACUAUUUCGGUCAGUGUUAAUGUAACAAUGUUACAUAGUUGUCGGCAAAAACAGCACUCUGUGACAACAUUUUGAGCUCCACCCAAUGACAUGGAAUUCACAUGAGAAAAUGUGGGUUUCAACAACGUAUUGCACGCUAUCUAGGUGGUCCAGUCCAAUGCAAUACAGGAGUUUACCCUCCCACCCCCCGCCCCCCAAAAAAAACCUAUGUCCUUAUAUGGCCGCACGGGUCCGUGCACAUGCGCCGACCUGCCCAACCCAGCGUGUCUUAGCUUAAGCCGUUGCGCGAUAUACAUUCUGUGUAUAGCAAAUGUUCCAACCGGCAACCAAGCCUGGAGAUAUAAAUGGAUGAUUAUUCAAUGCGUGACGUGAACAGCGAAACCUGCCAACAUUUCUCCACAUACACAUUUAUGCACAGCUUCGCUGUAGAGGCACCGCCUUCUUUAGACACUCCCAUUAAACAGAUGGACGCUUAAUGCGAAUAUUCCCAAUGGCAUGUACAUGGACCCACUUCGUAAUGGGUCCUUGAAGGAGAAUUAUUAUAUUUUGCUGCGAUCUGUCAGUAAGCAUCGCACAACCGGAUUCUACAGUCGUCUGCGAUCUUGUGAGACGUGUACUUACCUUUGGUUAGGUCCAAUAGAAGCUAUCAAUACCUAUUCGCCCUACGAUCUUCUGCAGUGGUGGAACUUUAUACAUUUAUAUAUAAGGCAAUGCUUGAGUUAGGUCAAACACCAGCUUGAACUAAUUAGAGCGUUAGCUUGGUGGGCUUUCACGAUGACUUUUGUGGCGUUGUUUUCAUUCGCCCGUACCGACAAAGCCGUUCUUUCCUUUGUGUUGCUCGUUUUGCGUCGGCGGUUGGAUCGUUUACGAAAAAUUGUUCGUCAUGGCGUAAACUCGUCCUCCCUCAUAGGUCGACUUACAUGGUAUCACCUGUCGCUGCUUCAAACUCGUGGCAACAACUUCUACGGCUUCUCAGCUACCACAACUGCUAGAGCGGUCGAAGGUCCUUCCAGUAUGGAAGGGCGGCGGUGGUCUCUGGUUACUGCUUUAACUUCAGCUGCUGCAGCUGCCGCUUUUGGAAGAUGAGCAUGGGUUCAGUGAGACGAUGGCCCCCAGGUCGCUCAGCCAACAUGUUCAGUCCUGUGUGCGUUUGUCGUUGUUGUCACAUCUUCGUUCUUCACUUCUCAAAUCUUCUUUCUCCUCCUUUACUUAUUCCUAUAGAGGGAACUGCGGAGUUUUGCUAUGACAGAACGAGACCUGUUUGUGGGACUAGAGGCAAGAUCAGCGGGUGCUCCCACUGCUGCUGUUGCUGCCCCUGCUGCUUGUGCUUCGCUCGGAAAGACAAACUUUUCCUUCGUACUUGCUCUUUUAAGAAUCUCUCUGUUGUUGUGUGCAGUGGUGGUAUUUCUGUUGAUGCUCCUGUUAUUAUUAUUGCUAGCUUUAUAGACUUUGCUGUUUUCGUUAGCGAAGACAGCGACUGCUCAGCUCACCUUCUGUUAUCUUAUCUCUUCUGUUUGGCCUUUAACAGCCAUCGUCAUUCUUGCAUUUGCUUUCAAGGACUGUUAUUAUUAUUACAUACAUGUAAUCAUGGGCGUGUGUUCAGCUGCAUGUUACUGCGCCCAGCGACCACCUCCCUAUUUAAGGCAUGCAUUAUACGGGGACGGCAUAGUAAUGACGGGACAAACGAAUAGUGAAAGAGCUGUACUCUAAAGAAUUAAAAGGAAGAAGAAAUAGCUACGUUUAUAUAACGUGGUCAUGAACGAGAGCAUUGGUCUAACAAAAUCCAUCCGCCUGCCACGGCCUUUAAUUCGGAAACAUAAUGCGGAUUAUGUGUUUUGAGCUUAUACAAUGCGCCCGAACGGGCCAAAUAUAUAUAUAUACCUCGUAAAUUUCCACUUUAUCUACCGACACCCGUUCUGGAUUCAGUUAGGUAACAACCAGCAAGCUUUCCUUGUGGCGUACCGGUAGUUGAAAGCUUUGCUUUGUUAUCUAAGCUUGUUUCAAGCUGUGCGUUGGAAACAUUGACCCACUAAAUCUAAGUAUGUUGGCACAGAAUGUAGUUGUAGGGAAGCGGGUGGCAAUGUUUGUUGUUGUUUUGUUCCUUCAUAGGUGUGCUGGCGAGUCCUUUUCACCUCUCCCAGCCCAUUGCCCAAACACGCACCUGCGCCAUCCGUUCAAUAGAGAUAAGGCCAAAUCGGAUGAAAUCAGUCUGUUAAUAUACUACCAGGGGGGGAUAUCACACACACAAUUUCAACCACCCAAUCCUCUGCCGCUUGAUAUUGUGGGCAUCUGCACCUCUACAGAAAUCCACAAUCAGCACGAUAACACAACAGGAUAAAGGAUCGUACUAUAGUUCCCCUACCUGCUUUUCUUGAUGUAGAGCUCUACCCUUCUCAGAGCCAGCGUCACGGAAUCUACGACCACUCUCAACCGGUAGUUUCGUUAAAGAGCGACUGAACGUCAGCGUAAAAAGCUCACCAGAACACUAGCGAUCGUUUACAAAGGGGCAGUAGCGCACAUUACCCCAGUCACGCUCUAUCCUCCUUUACCUUCCAGAGUUGUCUGCGUACUCAAAACUAACCACAGCCUCAAUCGCAACCAUACAGUAUCAUCAUUAUCACUUGGUGUAGCAGCAGCAGAGCGACGUCUAAUACCAGGACCAACGGGAAUAUCACCACUGUCGCUAUCAGCAUGAUCAUCGCCAUCAUCAUCGAUCAGAUGGUCGUGUGGCUGCUGAAUGAGAGAAACGAAUGAAUGGAAAAGUGGCAGGGGGAGAAUACGCCGGCAGUCGGUUAGGAUCGGCGCUUGAAUGCGGCGUAUAUGUCUCGUCCGCCAACCAAUCUGCGCAGAUGUAUGAAGAUAAAAGCGGGUCAAACGUGGGUUAGCCGACCGGUAUGAUUUUAGCCGAUUUGCAACAGCAGCAGCCGCCACAACGGUGGUGGUGGCGGCGGCGCAGCGGCAUCACCUUUCGAGACCAAUGGGAUUGUGUGGCAACGUAGGCGGAAGAAAGGCCUCGGCCCUGGGGCUGAGUGGCCAUUUUAACAAAGUAACGACCCCAAGGGGCUCGUUGAGUCUUACUGCACCACCGUCAACAACAGCGAGCGGGCAAACGCGUAAGUAUCGAGCGAUCGUCUGACAUCUAUCGACAACAAGCAGGCGGGGCGAUGCAGUCACUAAGAGCAGUACGGCCAUACGAUGAACACAAACUUCGCUUUUAUCUAUAGACACAAAUAGGUGAGAAGUUUGUGUGCACAGCAAAAAACUGAAAAGAUUAGGACAAGAUGACUACUCGAACGUACGGCUGCUGCCUUGCCGUUGCUGUUCUGUUCUCCUUCGAACUGACCGCCUACUCACUCGUUGGCGUGGUCCAUUGGCCUUUGUGCCAUUGGCAGGACACUGCCGCACAAUGGCAGUCUUGGGGAUUGAAAGAGAACAAAACUUGUUUUUUGCGUCGGAAAGUGUACUGACUGCCGAAAUCUGGAGACGAGAAGAAACGGGGGAGGGGGAACUGGAACGAAGGCGCUCGGAAAAAGUGAUAUGGAAUUUCAGUCGCAGGGUUUGGCCUGGCAACGUUCUACUGGGAUAAACGAAAGAAAAUGGCUUAGAGAAGUGGUCAAGAUUCGUACUCGGGGGAACUGAAUGCGCAAGCAGCUAUGGUAUCGGAUUGAUGACUGAAAUAUGCCCCAGUAAUCGGAACUAAAGGAAAUAGAUAUUGAAUACUGCAAUUUAUGUUAAAUGGUCACUGCAGACAUUGACAGGUGGACUUUUUGAAACCAGGAAACAACGUUCAACUGCUAAUUUCGGCUGCUCAUGCCAUGUGCGAUUUGCCGCUGUCAAUAGGUUACCGAAUAGAGUACCCAAAGACCUACGUGUCCUAUGAAGUAUUUUAUUCGAACACAGAUUUUCAGAAAACGCAUAUGAACGGUGAAUCACCGUUCCACUGUUUAUGAUAAUAACAGACCUGUCGCAGUCUAAGCUAACAAGCAAAUAUUACAAAAUAAUAAAGGAUCUACCUGUGCUGUCUGUUAUUGAUCUGUAUGUAAAAUGUUUAGUCUAUUGGCCAUACUGUUAACUUCUAUUAACGUAUUGUUUAUUACUGCUCUUUCAGAUGUGAUGUAAUCUAUAAACAUCACCAUCAGCAUGAGGGCUAUCUUGAUGUCUCGGUGGCGUCCUCCCGAUGGUUUCCCGGUGGACGUCUGCCGGCCUCUGGCGCAACGACGAUGGCAGCUCAUUGUACUCUUCACAACUAUUUUAGGGAUAGCCUCAUCGGCCUCCAAUUCGCCUUUAAAACUACCGUGUCCGCCGUAUACUCAGGACGGCGAUAUCGUCGUUGACUGUUCGGAUCAAGAGUUUGACUAUGUUCCACAUGUAUUAAAUCCUGGCUUGGUUCAACUUAAGUUGGUAAACUCACGUAUCAAAUCAGUUUCUAACAUUGACGUCUACGUGAGAAUGCGCCAUUUGGACCUAACGCGGAACUUCUUGACAGCGCUUGGAGAGCCACUCUCUAAUUUGCAUAAUCUCAGCGUCGUAAUUGUACGAGAGAACAAAUUCACAUCUUUACGGAGGAGCGAUUUGGCCGGUUUGAGGUCCUUGACGAGGCUCGACAUCGCUAAAAACCAUAUCACCAGUAUUGAGAAGCAGACGUUCAUCAACUCGUCACUGGUAGAACUCGAUCUUUCGGAAAACAGCCUUAGCGAAUUGAGCCAAGGAUCACUACAGGGACUCACGAAACUGCAACGGCUCAAUCUGAAGGACAACAAAUUUAUCACGGUUCCAACCUCAUUGACAAAACUUCGGCUACUUAAUUAUCUUGACCUGUCUUUUAAUAGCUUUGGAGAUAUUCCGGCCGGAGUGCUACCUGACGUGAAGACCCUGCGUCUUGAACGUUGCGACCUGUCAAAUACGUCAUUCCUUUAUAAUUCAUCCGCGACGUUCUUAGACAUCUCGUCGAACCGCUUCUCCACAAUUCCGCGUCCUCUACCGGCUAAACUUGAAACACUCAUUUUUGACGCCAAUCCGAUUCAAAUACUUACUGCCAGAAGCUUAUCACAUGUACCAAAUUUGAGCAACUUGUCCAUAUCCUCAUCUCAAGAACUUCGUUCGAUUCACGCCGAUACAUUUGCGGGCAAUAGCGACAUCCGCGAAAUUCGACUUGAGUCAAAUGUGAAUUUGAAGGUUCUAGACUCGAAAAUGUUCCGCAGUCUGGGAAAACUGCAAAUAAUUUCUUUUCGAGAGAGCGGCCUCCGUAGCAUUGAUGCAGGCUUCAUGUCCUGGUAUCUUCUCAAGCGCGUCGACUUUCGCGAUAAUCCUUUCAAAUGCGACUGUUCGCUGAGCUGGCUUCGUGAUCUGACGAUAGAGUACCUUAACUCUACAGGCAAACCAGCAAACGAAAGGCCUGGUCCGCUUGACAAUGAGACCAUACAUAUCAGCUGUGCUGAGCCUACGAAGUUUACAGGUCGUAAGCUUUAUGAGCUGCCAGCGAUAGCCUUCGAGUGCGGAAUGUCGUCACUCUUCCUUUCAGUCAUUGUUCCAUUGGUGAUACUAGCCUUAUUAGUAUCAGUUGGCAUCAUCACAUUCUUGUACUGGAGGCAUCAUCGUCUUCCCGCUUGGCUGCCGUGUCUGCGUAGCAAGGACAAAACUGCGCCCGUACACAAUGGCAGUACAAAACAUCAGUACUUGGAGAAGACAUAUAUGGUGCCAGGCGACGAUUAUGAUGGCAUUUACCAUCUUCAACGCAAUGCUCCGGUUCGAUUGAUACCCGUUACAGAGUUGUGACCCGAGGACUCUCGGAGAUCAAUAACAUCUGCCGUCUCCACUCUUAGCCCGCAAAGCAGCCAGCAAGACGUUCACCAACACGCCAUGGGGUCAACCUUUGCUAACUUGGAUGCAAAUUAUUCAACCACGUUGCGUCCGCGUAUCUCCACACUCGAUACACAUGAUGCACCUAUAUUGGGUGGCCACGUAUCGUCAUUCGAAAACCACCGUAUGAGCACUACAAUAGGUGGUCAGCGUGCACCUCUGAGCAGACUGCCAAGACCAUUUGGACGACCGCACGUGUUUCCGUCACGUUCGUCUGCUCUUCCUGAUGACGCUGGUCAACGACAUCAGAUCACGAUAGUAAAUUCAGGUCAACUAGCAGUUAGAGCUGCCGUCACUCCGGGUUCAUUGUGCCCACUACGAGGUGUACCCUUAACACCCCGGUUUGGAAAUAAGCAGUAUCAUCAACUUACUGAUUCAACGACAGCGAGUGUCGAGUCCAAACCAUCACCGUGUCAUCUUGGCACUAGCAGAAAUCCCAUGGGAUCAAAUGUUUACGAUCAAACUGAGGAGGCAAUAUAUGAGCAGACUGGCGAUUUUGGUGAAAGUGCGUACAAUGAUCACAACAGUGUGCAGCACGCUUAUGUCACGCUUAGCCCCCAACAGCAGCAUCAGCAACAGCAGCAGCAGCAGCAGCAGCAGCAGCAGCAGCAGCAGCAACAAGACACGCACAUGUACUCGACCUUAAAGCACUCGCUGUCUAGUGGGGGCGAAUCAGCCUCUACGCCACUUACUUCACUCUCAUCACUAUCCACAUAUGAGCGAGCACCCUAUUGUUACGUGUUCGAGUAAAACAAAAGGUAAAGCUCGGCUUGUGCCUUCCUAUUAGACGACGAAAGCAAUACACGGUAACCAUACAGUCACCAUGUGGCCCGUUUCAAAAUGGUCAGCUGCUGUCCGUACGUCUGAGACAGCAUUAAGCACAUAAAACCAUCUCUAUAUGCUAAGAUGACGUAGUACUGCGGUAGAUCAAAAUCGCCACCUAUACUGCAACACAAGUGCUGGAGGGUUCGCAAGCAAACAAACCGCUAGUUAGAUGUUAACUUGCGCCUUUAGUACUGCCUCACUGAACGAUUAGGAGGGAAAGGAGGGCAUCAUCGCUCGGUCUACUGCGGGCUUUGAUGGAAAGGCGGCAUUUGUCGCUUAGAACGAGACGGCCAAAGAUAAGAUGGUUUUUGGUAAAGUUAUGUGCGGGUUUUGUUUUAAAUAAUAAAGGAAACGCAUCGCUUUGCUACCAGAUUUUUGCCUGAUGUACGCUACGAUGUAUAACGUCCAGACUAAGUUCGAUUUCUUAACGGAGACGAAGCUUAUGUAAACGUUAUUCGGAUCGUGGCACAGUUAAACACUACGACUAAUUGACGGUCACAAUUUUGUCUAUCAUUAAGGACACCAGAAGUUAAUGGGGCAUACGGAUAGAAAUUCGACAAAAGUGUUUGAUUAUAAUUUGGUUGUGGUAGUCGACAACUACUAAGUUACGAGAUUGGACAAAGUCGGCGUCGGAACGAACUUCCCACUCGCACAAAACCAAAGAACAAGUCAACAAGUUACCUGCACUGAUAUGAACGUUGACUAUCCUACUUAUUUUUCUUUGCAGUCUUGGACAAAGAAUGAGCUCUGUGUUGUCACCUAUCAGGCUUAUUCUUUUGCCCUUUCAGUGUUGUUAACUGUAGUUUUGCCGCAUGGACCCACCAUAGCAAAGUUGUCCUUUUCUGAAUGCUUUCCAUAAGCUACUUGAUAAUAUACAAUAACACUUGAUAAUAAUUAUUAUAUAAUUAUAAACAGUACUAGUUUAUGUCAAGGGCAUCUAAGAAGCUGGCUAUUUGCUUUUUGUCAAUUUGUCGGACAUGAAAUAAUGAUGACAGUUUACUAUUAUGAUACAUCAGGCAUGAUAAUAGUAGCGUUCUUAGUAAUUUGAUGAAAAACUACAUUCUCGAAAGUCAAUCAUAAAAUGGGCAUUGUAAUUUUUUAUGGCCGUCGGAUAGAGAGGCAUUGGGAGUCUGUCGUAACUCUGCACAACUCCGCAAUGGGAAUGUCAACUGCAAUCGCACAGAAGCUCACACCCAUACGAGAGGCUGCCACGGAAGUCGAAAACCACACCAGCCAAAGAUGUCGGAAGUAUCGUCACGUCGGGAAAAUGCUGAACGUAGGGAGGCAAUUAGCGAAUACAAUUAUGGAUACACAAGUACAUCCGUAAAGCGAAAGUCGUGCCGUUCAGACGAAGCCACUGAUACUUUCUAGACUUAAAGAAGAAAUCCGAUUUAGCUGGGGCCGAUAACAAUAUACAGUCGGUCGGCUUGCCCCAGUCAUUACAACGCUGACUGCGUAAAUAUGUCCUGCAGCGUAUUGACGUCCGCGUACAUUCUUUACCAAAAUAAUAUACUUGUACAUAAAGUGCAAUACAAUACGCAGUAGCAGUAAUGAUAAAAACCGGAAUAAGCCAACGGCAGAAGGUCAGAGAGCCAGCAAACAGACGCUGUAUGAGAAAGGAGCAAUUGCCUCCAUAGAUACAAUAGAGAAAAGCUAUCGAUUCGACAUUCCAACAGCUACUGCAAAAAGAUGGUGCACCGGGGAAGUCGCAUUGCCUGACCAGACCUGUACGCGAUGAUGGCGAUGAGUUCAAUUCUAGCGUGUAUAAUGUAUAUCUCUGGACCAAGAGUAUCACUAUGCAGUUGUAGAGAGGCCAGGGGGUGCCUGUCACUCACAAACAGAUAUACACAAACCGUAUCGAAUAAAAAUCUUAUCUGGAGGUUGUGGCCGGCGCCGCAAGGUGUCGUCACCCGACGAACAAUGACAGAAAACUAUAGAAAAACCGCUCGUCGUGGUUUCACUGGGUUACUAACAACAAGUACAGUACGGAUAAUAAUAGUAUUAGUUAGAAUUCUGUAUAUAA